CAGCUCCAGCUCGGAGCAGCAGUCAGUCAGCAGUGGGCUCGGCCGCCGCAUGGCUACUGUGUAAACUUUCCUCAGCAACAAGUGGAGACAGUCGGAUAUCAGAGAAGAGCAGACACUCGGAGUGGUUGAGGGACAUACAAAGGGAGAGCUCUUCUAUGAAUCCGGAUCCCGUGCUCCGCUAAGCAAAGUGCUGUUUCCCCCACUUGUGCAUGUUUAAACCAGAGAAGAGCUCUGGUGCCGUGUGUCGGCCAGACGACUAGUACAAACGAGUGGCAACAGCAGUCCGGAGGCAUGAUUUUAAGACGGGGCUCAGUCGUGGCUGCCUUUUUGCUCUGCUUUCUUGUAAAGGUGUCAGAGGGAUCGGGACAAUUCGAGCUGCAAAUUUUAUCGAUGCACAAUGUGAACGGAGAGCUGCUGAACGGCAUGUGUUGCGAUGGCACGCGGAACACGGCGGAUAGAAAGUGCACGCGGGACGAGUGCGAUACGUUUUUUAAAGUUUGUCUAAAGGAAUACCAGUCGAGGGUCUCUGCUGCUGGGCCAUGCAGCUUCGGAAUGGGAUCUACGCCUAUCCUCGGAGGGAAUACGUUUUCUUUCAGGAGUUCUGUCAGGAAUGACAAAUCCAGGAUAGUUUUGCCCUUCAGUUUUGCCUGGCCGAGGUCCUACACUUUGAUAGUGGAGGCCUGGGACUUCAACAAUGAAACCAGUGGUGCUGAUGGGAAGUUGAUAGAGAAAGCUUCUCACUCUAGCAUGAUCAACCCCAGCCCGCACUGGAAGAAGCUGACUCACAACGGCCCUGUUGCCCAGUUUGAGUACCAAAUCCGAGUCAGCUGCGAUGAGCACUACUACGGCUUCGGCUGCAACAAGUUUUGUCGGCCCAGAGAUGAGUUCUUUGGGCAUUACACUUGCGACUACAAUGGAAAUAAAACCUGUCUGGAAGGCUGGUCUGGACCUGACUGCAACACUGCUAUAUGCCGACAGGGCUGCAGCACUGAGCAUGGAUCAUGUAAGGAGCCAGGUGGAUGCAAGUGCCUGUAUGGCUGGCAGGGCCAGUACUGCGACAAGUGCAUCCCUCACCCCGGCUGUGUACAUGGCACCUGUGUGGAGCCGUGGCAAUGCCUGUGUGAAACCAACUGGGGUGGCCACCUUUGUGAUAAAGAUCUGAACUACUGUGGCACUCACCAGCCGUGCCUGAAUGGAGGGACAUGCAUCAACACAGGGCCUGACAAGUAUCAGUGUACCUGCGCUGAGGGUUACUCUGGUGCAAACUGUGAGAGAGCGGAACACGCCUGUUUGUCCAAUCCCUGUUCUAAUGGAGGGAGCUGCUCAGAAACCAGUCAAGGCUAUGAAUGUCUGUGUGCGCCAGGCUGGAGCGGCCCCUCCUGCAAUAUCAAUGUUGACGACUGCUCUCCCAACCCCUGUAAUCACGGAGGUACUUGCCAAGAUCUCGUUAAUGGCUACAAGUGUCAGUGUCCUUCACAGUGGACAGGAAAGACAUGUCUAAUAGAUGCCAACGAGUGCGAUAGCAAGCCCUGUGUCAAUGCCAACUCUUGCCGUAACCUGAUUGGUGGAUACUUCUGCGAAUGCCUCCCUGGUUGGACAGGACAAAACUGUGACAUCAAUAUAAACGACUGCAAGGACCAGUGCCAGAAUGGGGGAACUUGCAAGGACUUGGUAAAUGGCUAUCGCUGCAUGUGUACCCCCGGUUUUGCUGGCGAGCACUGUGAGAGGGACAUUGACGAGUGCGCAAGCUCACCAUGUCUGAACGGGGGCCGCUGUCAAGACGAAGUCAACGGCUUCCACUGUCUGUGUCUGACAGGCUUCUCUGGAAAUCUCUGCCAGCUGGAUAUUGAUUACUGCUCGCCCAAUCCAUGUCAGAACGGAGCGCCCUGCUUCAACCUGGCCAAGGACUACUACUGCUCUUGCCCAGAAGACUACGAGGGCAAAAACUGCUCCCACCUGAAGGACCACUGUCGCACCACCACAUGCAAAGUGAUUGACAGUUGCACCGUUGCUGUGGCAUCCAACAGUACACCAGGAGGAGAACGCUACAUUUCUUCAAAUGUGUGUGGACCUCACGGCCGCUGCCGGAGCCAAGCUGGGGGUCAAUUCAGCUGCGAGUGCCAGGAGGGCUUCAGAGGCACCUACUGCCACGAGAACAUCAACGACUGCGAGAGUAAUCCGUGCCACAAUGGAGGUACCUGCAUCGAUAAAGUCAGCGUGUACCAGUGCAUCUGUGGUGACGGCUGGGAGGGUGACCACUGUGAAAUCAACAUAGAUGACUGCAGCACCAGCCCAUGUCAUAAUGGAGGGACGUGUCGAGACCUGGUGACUGAUUUUUUCUGCGAUUGCAAAAACGGCUGGAAGGGAAAAACUUGCCACUCCCGUGAGAGUCAGUGCGAUGAAGCCACGUGCAAUAACGGAGGCACCUGCCACGAUGAGGGCGAUACAUUCCAGUGCAUGUGUUCCCCAGGGUGGGAGGGUACGACAUGUAACAUAGCCAAAAACUCAAGUUGUCUUCCCAAUCCGUGCGAGAAUGGAGGUACCUGUGUGGUGAAGGGAGAUUCAUUCACCUGCGUCUGCAAGGAAGGCUGGGAGGGUCCCACGUGCACCCAGAAUACCAACGACUGCAGUCCACACCCAUGCUACAACAGUGGAACCUGUGUGGAUGGGGAUAACUGGUACCGUUGUGAGUGCGCUCCAGGCUUCGCAGGCCCAGACUGUCGGAUCAAUAUUAAUGAGUGCCAGUCCUCCCCGUGUGCCUCAGGCUCCACCUGUGUGGAUGAGAUUAACGGAUAUCGCUGCCUGUGUCCACCAGACAGGACAGGGCCCCAGUGUCAAGAAAUGACCAAAAAACACUGUUCUGUUAAUGGCCAUGUCUCCACUGAUGGAACCACAUGGGAUGAAGACUGCAACACAUGCCAAUGCUCCAAUGGGAAAGUUGCGUGUACAAAGAUGUGGUGUGGCCCUCGCUCAUGUAAACUGAGUGCCAAAGGACGGGGAGGGUGUCCACUGGGCCAAAGCUGCAUCCCCCUCAGGGAGGGCCACUGCUUCGUCAAGCCCUGCCCUGAGCUCGGAGAGUGCUGGCGCUCCAACCCUCCCCAGUCUCCCAUCAAAUGCCACCCCAGCUCCUGUUACCAGGACAACAGCUGUGCCAACAUCACCUUCACCUUUAACAAAGAGAACUUGCUUCCAGGCUUGACUGUGGAGGGAGUAUGUAAGCAGCUGAGGAACUUGAACCUAGUUAAGAAUUUCUCCUUGGACCAUUCUGUGUCUAUAACCUGUGACCCGUCGUUCUCAGCCAGCAACGAGAUCCACGUCUGCAUUUCCACUGAAGACCAUCGCUUGGACCGCAGCCCCAUUAAAGAGAUCACAGACAGGAUAAUCGACUUGGUUAGCAAACGUAACGGGAACAACACCAUCAUCUCUGCCAUCGUGGAAGUCCGUGUGCCAAGCCCCAGCAAAACUGACUACCUAGUGCCCCUCCUCAGCUCCAUUUUCAUCGUCAUCUGGGUCCUCUUGCUGGUCUCCAUUUUGCUGUGGUGCAUGCGUCGCCGGCGGAAACAGGGUAACCACAACGGGACGUCAGCAACGGGCUCCGAGGACAACACGACUAACAAUGUCCGGGAGCAGCUCAACCAGAUCAAAAAUCCUAUAGAGAAGCACGUGGGCCUCACUGUGGCCAUCAAAGACUAUGAAAACAAGAACUCCAUCAUUGCUAAAAUAAGGACAAAUCAUCCCGAGGGGGAUGAGGACGACAAGGAGAGGCACUUACAGAAGAGCCGCUUUGCCAAACAGCCAGCAUACACACUGGUGGAGAGGGACGAGAAGACGCCCAUCUCCAAUCCUAACUCAACAUCCAAGCAUCCUAAUUGGACUAAUAAACAGGACAACAGAGACUUGGAGACGGCAAACAGCAUAAACAGGAUGGACUACAUCGUAUAGCAGACAGCUGCGUUGCUGUGCAACCAAGUCUUACGCCUUCACACCCAGGUGGUGGGUGAAACCGGGGAGCUUCGGCAUGUGUAGUUUAGUAAAUGGUCAUGUCAGCUGUGACCCCCACAGUAUUUUCAGAUAUUCCCCGUGUUAAUUUAAGUUUUGACAAGCUGGCUUACACUGGCAGUGACAGUUGCUUUGGUUGGCUGGAAACACAAGGCACUGGUCUACAUUUCACUGUAGAACUACUCACAAAAGUGUCCUCCUGUGCAUUUCAUUUUACUUUUAUUUUAAAUUUAGUGGACACAUGGAAAGCGCUCCUGGUGUAACUGUUGUACAAUGACUAAACUGUCUGACGUGUUCAACACUAGUGCUAAUUAUUUUUAGUAUGUGCUUGAAUUCCUUCUAGUUCUGUUUGGAGAAAGUGCCUUUUUUCAGCUUUAGACUUCAGCAACUGUCAAAUGGAAAAAAAAAAAAGAAAAGAAAAAAAAAAGAAAUCCACUUUAUUAUUUAUUUUUUAUUUUUUUCUGGGAGGGGCGGGAGAAGAAAGGGUUCAAUGUCAGCAGUUGCUGCCAAUAUGAAGAAUUUAUGUGACAAAUUAGAACAUGUAGAUAUGUACAUUUUUUUAUUAAUCAUUGUGUAUAUUUGAUUUAUUAACUUAAUAAUCAAGAGCCUUAAAAUAUCAUUCCUUUUUAUUUAUAUGUUCUGUCUAGUUUGAAGGUUUUGAUAGCUGCGGAAGCCUACCAUUUCUUUCAUGGACUACAUGUUGUUUUUCCAAUGAAUUCAAUAAAAAGCCAAAUUUCAAAAAUGUUCUAGAAGACACAAGAUGGGCACUUUUGGCCUGGUGAUUUUUUUUUCUUUUUUCUUUUUUUAUAGUUUUUGUUUUUCAAUACAUUUUGACAUUUCAUUAUUUGUUGCCAGGACCUUAAUUGAAGGCAAGUGAGGUUAGGACAAUAAAAGAUCCCAGCUGCUGCAAGGGUUGGACAUGGUGGCAGACAUAUUGCUUGCCAUUAAUGGAUAAACACUUUUAAGGGAACAAAAACUCUAAAGCAGCUGCAGAUGAACCCAUUGACAUGUUUCACAGGCAAGCCAAAAUCCACCGAUUUGCAAGGCAACUCACAACAAAAUGACACAUCAGAAUCCCCAUCUGCUUUAGUCAGCGUAAUGUCAUAAGCUAGACCACGAGUACUUGAACAGUAGGGGGGCAAUGGGAUCACUGUAGAGUCGGAUAAAGUACACUGCCUUCCUCUGCUAAAGUCUGUUUUGUUUCUGUGCACAUUUCUUUCCUUAAAAAAAAUGAGGCUCUUAAAGACAAACAUGUUUUAUCUCAUUUGUUAACCCAUUGAGAUCAUGGCAACAUUUUGUCCUAUGUUUGACUUUUGUUAUGAACUUGAGAAUUAUGUGUUGAUCGGGCAAUAUAUUUUUGAAAGUCAUAUUUAUUAAAUUUUUUGUAUGAAAAGAGAAUUAAAGUUGUCUUUGUUCUGGA